UAAACCUUACUUAUCGUCGAGUAACGAAGCCUAGCGGACGGAUUUAAGAUAAUUUUUGAUUCCUUCUCGAGUCAAUUUAAUAAAUUUUAACCUAAAAAAGUUAUUAAGGAAAUUUUAAAAUUAUGGGUGAAGAAAAUGUUUUGGUUGGGGAAGAAUAUGAGCGGACUAUCUUUACGUCUUUGGGUAAUAUGGCCAAAUUGUUAUUAGAAGCGCACGGUGAUAAAGUUUUGCAGGUUGACGCUGAUACAAACGAAGAACAAACCGCCGCUCAAGUUUUAAGCCGUGCAGCUUCCUUAACUCGAUGGCUAAGAACUCAAAAAUUAAUCACCCCCGGAGAUGUGAUAACGGUCGCCAGCGAAAAUCGCUUAGAAUACGGCGCUUUAGUUAUCGCAACAUUCUUCAGCGGUUGCACAUUCGCCCCAUUAAACCCAGAAUACACACCAAAUGAAAUUGUGCAUGUGGUAAAUCUAUCAAAACCCAAAGUAAUUUUUUGUACCGAUAUGACAAUAGAUAAUUUAGCAAAAACCAUUGAUAAAUUUCCAUUUGUUCGGGCCGUAGUUAAUUUAGAUAAGAAAAAGCCAAAUUUGAAAGGAGUAAAAGUUCAUUAUUUAAGGGAUUUAAUAAAUGAUAACGAAGAUAUUAGCGAAUUUGAAGUAGCGGAAAUUGAUCCAGAUGAUGCAGUGGCUACGAUUUUGUGCUCUUCCGGUACAACCGGACUUCCAAAAGGUGUUAUGGCCACUCAUGCAAACAUCACGAAUUUUAUGGAAAUUGGGCGGUUAGUUGUGGGAGAUUUACUCGAUGAGAACGUUCAUAGGGUUUUAUUAGGUUUAACCCCAUUUUUCCAUUCAUUAGGUUUUAUGUACAUGUUUUGCAACCUAUUAGCUGGAAAUUUGGUUAUUGUUGUAAAAAAAUUUAAACCAAAAAUCUUUUUAGAAGCGAUUCAAAGAUACAGAGUGACCAAUUUAGUCGUGCCACCACCAAUUGCUUUAUUCAUCGUUAAAAACCGUAACAAACAAUACGAUUUAUCGUCGUUAAAGGAUGUUAGAACUGGCGCGGCCCCAAUGAGUAAAGACAUGGAGAUUGCUGUUAAAGAAAAGUUAGGACUUCAUCAUACUUCUCAAGCUUACGGAAUGACAGAAACGACUUUGGGUGUAAUUAUAAGUCGUACUGGAAAGAGCAGGGUGGGAUCUGUCGGACAAUUAGUACCUGGUAUGAUGGCAAAAGUUAUUGAUGAAGACGGAAAAGCUUUGGGGCCAUACAAAGAGGGGGAAGUUUGUUUCAAAGGACCUUUAAUAAUGAAAGGAUACAUUGGGAAUGAAGAAGCAACUAGGAAUACCAUUGACAAAGACGGAUGGAUUCACACUGGAGAUGUUGCAUACUACGAUAACGAUGGUUAUUUCUUUAUUGUAGAUCGUAUAAAAGAAUUAGUUAAAUACAAAGCGUUCCAGGUUGCUCCAGCUGAAUUGGAAGGAAUCCUUUUAAACCAUGAAGCGGUAAUAGACGCGGCUGUAACCGGAUUACCAGAUGAAGAAGCUGGUGAAUUACCAUUGGCGUUCGUCGUAAAACGACCGGAAUCCAACGUUACUGAAAAAGAACUUGAACAAUUUGUAGCAGGGCAAGUUUCAAGACAAAAAUUACUUAGAGGAGGGGUUUAUUUUGUUGACGAGAUACCGAAAAAUCCAACAGGGAAAAUUUUAAGGAGAGUUUUAAGACAGAAAGCUGUGCAACUUAAAAAAUCUAAACUGUGAUUUUUUUUAUAAAAUUAAGUUAAAAAGAAAUUAAGUACAAAAAUGGGGUCAUUUUGUUAUUGUUGUUGCUUUUUGUAAUUAUUUUUUUAAUUAAAUAAAGGGAAAAAAUAAAAAAAAUAUUUUAAUUUUUAUAAAUAUAGGCAACCCAAUCAACUUAGUUGUCAAAUCAAUUUUAUAGGUUAUUUAAAUAAAUCAAAAUGAAAAAAUGUA